AUGACAUUCCCAGUCUCCACCAUUCUGACAGUGACUGCAGUAACAAUAAUAAUUGUAACACCAGCAUCAGCAGAAGAGAAGGCAGCCAGUCAAAUCAAUCAGAUGCACAUAAAGACUGAUGGACCCACCAUAUCGGUUUUCCUGAGCUCAGAACAUGAGUCUUGUUUGGGGACCCUGAUCCACAAGCAGUGGGUUCUCACCGCAGCCCACUGCUUCUUACCCCGGGAUUCUGCUGAGCAUGACCUCAUGCUCAUCAAGCUGAAGAACCCCCUAAAGCUCAUCAAUCCGGUGAAGCUGGCAGUUCUGCCCAACACCACAGAUGACAGAGUGGGGGCCACGUGCACUGUCUCUGGCUGGGGCUGGACAUGGUGGAAUUACAACACAAACCCUGAUAUCCAGAUAAACCAAGAUGUCAUCUGGUUCUCUAAUGAAGACUGCCAAGAGGCCUCUACAAGACAAAUGCCUAUAAAAGUCUCAGAGAACAUGUUCUGUGCGGGAUCACCUCCGGAGAGCCUACACUCAUGUCGGGAAAUAGCAGCGGCCCCAAUCCUGUGCCAAAAUCAGCUCCAAGGGAUCCUGUCCUGGUCAGAAGGGUGUACUCUGAGAGGUGACACCGGCUACUACACCAAGAUUUCCCACUAUACAGACUGGAUCCUCAAAGUCAUCCACUCCAGUUGA